CGCCAGCGAGUGCUGGUUUUUGUGCCGCGUGAGAAGAAAACAAAUUUGAGUGACCGUUGAAAAAUCGAAGAGGAAGCUUGUUGGAAAAGCAAUAACAACUUGUCUCACUCUCAAAAUAAACAGUUAACUUGUGAUAAGGAACCUGCAGAUGACAAAAUGCGCUGCAGCUUGCAAAAGGACUGCGCAACUCCCACGCAGGAAAAUUUUCGCCAGAUGCGUUCUCGACUUGUGAUUUCCCUGUUUUUGCUGCUAUUAAGCUGCGGCGAGAGUGUUGCCAGUGACGCAGCCGAUCAGCUGACAUUUUCUACCCAGGAAUGUCAAAUCAAGGAGCCCAUUUACGGCACCACCUUUGACUUCAGUGGGCUCCGCUCAGACUUGGCUCAUGUGGUUGAGAGUGUGGGCAAUGGAGGCGACAAGUUUGAGUUUAACAUUUGUGGUAAUCUAUCUAGAACCUGCAAUGGCGAGAGUAAUGUGGCAGCCUGCCUUAAAAAGCAGGGAAAGGAGUACAUUCUCGGUCGCCAACAUGAGUUGUUCUACGACAAUGGAACAAUGUAUCUGAAGUAUAAAAGUGGUGCCAAGUGUGAAAAUGGAACCGCCAGCAAUCCCAACUAUCAGUUCCAUGUGAUGUUAAAUUGCGACUAUACCUUGGACGCUCGGCCAAUGCACAUAACGCCUUAUGCCAACGAUGCCUGUUCUUUUUAUAUGAUAUAUGAGACCCCACUGGCUUGUCUACCCAUUCCUGAUGCCCUGCAAUCCAAUAGUUGCAGUGUGCGUGACUCAAAAUCGAAUGGAACCUUCGAUCUGAUGUCGCUGAGUGAUAGUAACUAUAGAACCAGCAAUCGCCAUGAUGCAUUUUUCCUGAUCAACGUUUGCAAACCUGUCCUCUACGGCAAGAACAGCAUGUGUCCGCCCGGCAGCAGCGUGUGUUUAUUUAACCCAAAGGAAACAAAUUCAAAGAAACGAUUUAUCAAUUUGGGAAAUGUGCAAUCGCGUCCAUUGGUGGAGAACGGGCAGCUGUUGCUUAGACAUGAGUCACCAACGCCCUGUGCUAAGAACUCCAGCGCAAAUUACACCAGCGUGAUUUAUUUUAGCUGUGAUAAGUUGAUAAUGAACGCGCAUCCAGAGUUCGUGGGUCUUGGAGCCGAUUCCUGUACAUACCAGUUCAACUUUGUCACUCCGCUGGCCUGUAUUGAUCUCAAACCUUGUACGGUUUUCACUUCUCCAAAUGAGCUUCUGGAUCUCAGUUCGCUCAGUACGAAGCCAGCCCGGACUUUGAUUAAGGAUGGCAAAAACUAUACAAUUGCAGUGUGCGCCCAUGCUGGGACUCCCUGCCAGGAAAAAAGCGGCGCCUGUUACGAGCAGAAUUCCACAACUAUCAGCCUGGGCAACUCCAACUCGCAGCUGCGAUUCAAUCAGAGCGGCUCGCUGUAUUUGCUGUACGACGACGGGGCGAAGUGCCCCACAGGCUCGGCCAUCAGGCAGUGGUCGACGAAAAUCGAGUUUGUCUGCGCGAACAAUGCCACCAAGGACAAUGCGGAUUCUUUGAAGAUAAUUGAGGACUCCAAUUGUCAGCUGUUGAUCCAAUAUCAGACGCCGCUGGCCUGUCGGGAGCCGAUUAAAUGCAAGACCACUCUUUAUGUGGACCACACGGCGAAUGGUUUUGGCAGCAGUGGCGACGAGCUGAUCGAUCUAACGCCAUUGAUUAGCGCCAGCGACAACUACGAGGCCAGGGUGGAGUUGCCGGCCAGCAUGGAGCACCUGGUGCCCAAGACGACCAAGUUCUUUUUGAAUGUGUGCCGUCCAUUAGUGCCCAAAUACCAAUUAGGCUGUGCCGGCGGAUCUGCUGCCUGUAUGGCCAAAGUGACGGCCGACGGCGCCCCCGAGGAGGAGCGAAGCAUGGGCUUUCCACUGGUGUCCCUGGUGCAAAGGAAUCGCACCUCUGCCGAGUUGGCCUACCUGAACGGAGAUCCCUGCCCCACGGACAACACCACCGAGCUCUCCACGCACAUCCUUUUCAACUGCAAUAUGCGUGCGGGUCGGGGACAACCGGUGCUGCGUUCGAUUGAGGACUGUGACUACGGUUUCGAGUGGGAGACGAAUGUCUUUUGCCCGCCGCACGAGUGCACCUUCAAUGCGGACACCUGUGAUCUGGUGCACGAUGAGCUGGGUCGGCAAUUCAACUUCAAGAGUGCGCCGUUUACCAAGGACGGCAAGCUUGAGAUCGACUACAAUGCCACGAAGAUGUCGGUAAACAUUUGCGGAGAGCAUCGCAAGGCGAUGACGGACUACUCGCAGGCUCUGGUCAACAUAUUCUUCACACACGAGUCGCCUAAUUGCGGCAAGGAAGGAACGAUGAACGUCCAGAUUCGCCUGAUAUGCAGCAACCAAACGGAGAGCAGCAGCACCAUUCUGAGUGACCAGCAAUGCGAUUUGCUUUAUGUGCAGCGAACGCCGGCCAUCUGUGAGUUCCUUUCCCUUGGCGCUACCCAGCAUGAUGCCCCAGGAGGUGGUUCGAGCAGUAGUACCAGCAGCACCACCUCCAGCACCACCACCACCACCACCACCAGCACCACCACUACGGCAUCGCCAGCGGGUAAGCCAACCAAGGCGGCCUCGUCGACAACGACAACAACAGCUGGCCCCGAUCCGGCGGCUACUCCCAUCGGGCCAACGGCCUCCGUGGGCACCAUCCUGGCGGCCAUUCUGUCGGUGACCUUCUGUGUGACGUGCGUGGGCCUGGUUGCCUUUUCGCCGGCGCGGAGGCAGCGCGUCCGUCACAUCUUCCGGCGCAGCAAUUCCGCGGUGAGAUACUCCCGUGUGCAGUCCAACGAAGAGGCCAACCUGCUGCUGGAGCCCAAUGGCGAGUUCACCGAGAGCGAUGAUGACAUGCUGCUUUAGGUGGGCCAAAACCAAAAUAAGUCGUCGUCGGCCGCCUUUUUAGCCAUUAGUUGGGGCACAAGGUGGCGGAACGGAUGUGGGGGUAGCUAGUUAAGGACACGAACGAUCCCAAAGUGAGUAACAUAGAACACCAAAGACAAAACUGAAAACUGGAACUGAUUGUGAGCUAAACAAAACUAAAUGAAAAAAUAGUAGAAAAGUAAGGAUUAAUUUGGGGGGCGAACUGCUGAUAUAAAAUUGUACAAUACGCGUCGGCUACAACGACGACUUACAGAAACCAAAUAACGGAACCAUAUAUAUACAAAUUAUAUAUUUUAUAUACCCUUCAUAUGUAAAGGAAUUCCCCUACCCAAUCCGUACCUAUAGCUAUAGAUAAUGCGGUCUGCAUUCGCCAGAGAAUUGCAAGGACAAUUGCUUAAAACGUAUUUUCGCUGAUGGCUAGAUAUAUAAUCUACAAAGCGCGACAGCUUCUUCCUUCCAUUGACUAUGUGAUUUACUUUUUUAACCAAUUUGCAAUUUAGUAUUGUAUUCCUUUAAACAAAUGUGUAUUUUAUUCUAAGGCAAUUUGUACUUAUUUUUUGUUUGCGUCUUGUGUUGUUUUAGUUGUUUAAGGCAAGCCACAAUUAAAGCGGCUAAAUGUACAAUUUUAAAUAACUUAAUACAAAAUAAAUCAAAAAAUUAUAUGAACCAAA